AAUAAUACCGUCCAGUUGUUUACACCUACAGUGCUAUUAUUAAACAAGGUUUAGCUUCAGAGUAAAUUUACGCUAAAUUGCAAUUUAAGUAUUAGUCCAAAUUCAUAUUAUACUGAGAAUAAGCAAACCUACGUACUACCUUCUAGGAGAAAAUACGAUAUUACUCCCGCAGAACUUCAUGCUAGGUUAAACAUUUGCUAAGUCUCUGUUUAAUAAUAUGAAUUUUGAUUAAGAAAAAAAAAAACUUAAGUGCUUCUCCCUACCCACCGUGAACCACGUACUCUAGACAAUGUCGUUUAUUUACUAGAUUUCUAAGUACCUACUUGAACACAUUUUAGUCAAAAUCUACGUUUCUGCCUAUCAAGAGUGUUAUGAAUUUGGAUGGGAUUUUGUAUUCCAGUUUAAAAGUAUCACAAACAACUGUGAUAUAUCAAAAUAGCCGGUUGCCAGCGAUCGCUUUCAUACUAUCGGAUAAUACAACGAAACAACUGUUUGAUGAUAUCGGGUGGAUAAUUGUAAAAGCGGUAGAUGAAGAGAAGUAUAAUGAUGUAUCGAGCAUAAACCCUGUGAUGGGUUACAGGACUGGAGAAGGAUUUAAAUGGUUCGCCGAUUGGAAUCUGCCCACAACGCAUGGCGUAUAUAAAGUCGUCGGUUUCGCCACAGACAAGGUUUGAAAAAAAUAUUGUACGGUAAGCGACAGCCCUACACACGCCCUACAGCUAUGCCAUGAAAUUGGGCCAUUAUAGAUAACUGUUCAAAGAAUUUUGUGUGUUAAAUGGAAGAGUGUAAAAUUACUCGAGUUAAAUUUACAAACUUUUGUUGUUCCACAGGCAAUGAAAGAAAACGCGGCGG